CCAACACUGAAUUCGUUUUUUUUAAAUACAUCUUCACUCAACAACCUGUAAUACAAAAUGUGGGUGAAAAUGAAGCUGUAUCAAAAUAUGGCGGACAGUGAAUGUUUCAUUGUUGGAAGCCGGAUUUCUUGCACCACCGUUUAUAACGAGAAACUGGAAGGAGAGGUCGCUGCUUUCGACAUAGGUACCAAAUUGCUAAUAAUUAAAUCUAAUGCCACAAAUGGUAAUUCCAAUCUUCAUGAUAUGAAACUUAUCAAUCUUGAUUAUGUGAAAGAUGUCAUUGUGUUAGCAGAUGCUAAAGAACAGCCUCCACAGCUGAUGCCUCUCAACCUAGCAAAGCUGACCAGCCGAAUAAGACAGAAUGUGGACAACAAGAAAGAGAGGGUCAAUCAUGUUGGUGUUGGCGUUUCAGCCGAAGGACAGGCAGUCUUUGAUGCAAUUAUCAAAACCAUUGCAGAAACUAAAUGGAAAGGAAAGAAUAUAGUUGUAAUGGAAACAGUAGAAAUAACACCUCCAUAUGGGAUGGAGAACUGCCAUGGACCCGAAGGGAAUCAAAUCCUCAAUCAUGUAAAAAAGAUAGUUCACAAACACAUGAGUAAGAUGAUAGAUUCACAGUUACCAAACAAUCUCAGGAAAUCUUUAUCCCCAUCGCCAUCGCCGGCUACAUCUUCUUAAAGAUUCUCUCACUUAGCACUCUCUCUCUCUCUCUCUCUCUCUCUCUCUCUCUCUCUCUCUCUCUUCUCAACUCCCUUCUAUCUUUCCUUCAUCUUGUUUUCUACUUUUUUUUUUCUUUUCUCUUCUCACCAGCACCUUUUCCCUGCCAACUUUCUUCUGGUCCUUCUGCCGUUCUUUCUCACCCCCACCCCCCAGUUUGCUAUAGAGACUAAAGACAGUGAUUUUCCGGGAUCUUGGUUGGAACCCCCUCUCCAUCCCCUCUGCUUCCCACACAGCAAAGCCCCUGCGUUUUGUUUUGUUUUUACAUAUAUUUUUUUAAUUAUAUUUUUAUAUUUAUUUAUUUAGCUUAAGUGUGUGGCAGGGGUUUUGUCUGUGUGUCAUUGAACAAGUUGGUGGGGAGGGGGGAGAUUUAGUUGGUCAGUUGGCUACCGUUGAGUGACCCCCACCAUCUUCCCAACCAGAUUUCAGAUCCAAGCUAAAGCGAAUUAAUUAUCCUUGGGGAGGUGGGAAUAUAAUGAACAUCACAAUCCCUCUUUCCCCCCCUCCCCUUUCACCAAACUCCACUCCCUUUUAAAAAAAUGUAGGGUCUUUGCACUUUGCUACCAACAAACAAACAAACAAACAAACAAACAAAAAAAUGUUUUCAUGUCUGUGUAAGUUACACAUGAAUGUAGCCAUGUGAUGUGUAGGUGUGUGGGUAGUGCUGUGUGUGUGGUGGAGGUAAUAUGCACGAAUGAUGAUAGAUGGGGGUGGUGUUUCUGAAGCCAUGGGUACUGUCCUUCCUCUUAAUUGACUUCAAUCCUUUUAGAACUCACCGUUUCACUUCCUGGUUUAAUGAUGCUUUGCUUAUAUAACCCCAAAGACAGGGGUAGGGGGUUGUUAUUGGCCCAGAAUGGUUUGUAAGGCAUGGACAUCACAGUUUUGUGUGUCUGUGUGUCUCUCUCUCUCAAACAUGUUUUGAUAUUACAACCCUAGGUAAGGUGGUGAGCUGGCAGAGUGGUUAGCACGCAGGGCGAAAUGCUUAGCAGUAUUUCAUCAGUCGUUAUGUUCUGAGUUCAAAUUCCGCCGAGGCCAACUUUGCCUUUCAUCCUUUCGGGGUCGAUAAAUUAAGUACCAGUUGCGUACUGGGGUUGAUCUAAUCGACUGGCCCCCCCUCCUCCCCAAAAAUUUCGGGCCUUGUGCCUAGAGUAGAAAAGGAUAUCACAAUCCUAGGUACAGGGUACACUGAGAUUAAGAAAGCAAAGCCAUGGCUGGGAAUCCCUUAGGGGAGAGACCUGCUCAAUUACCAUUCACCUGAAAGCUUUCAGGCCUGUCUCACAGACAACAAACGUGUGUGUGUGUGUUGAGUGAUGUUAUGGUGUUGUGGUAGAGUUAGUGGUGAGAUUUGUUUUGUUGUAUGGAAGGCAUGUGUGUGUGUGUGUGUGUGCAUGCUCACGGGAAGAAUGUUUUUUUUUUUUUUUUUUUUUUGUCUAAUCAGUAUAUUUAGGAUGAAAUGCUUGAUAAAAGAAAAUCAAAACCCCUUAUAAUGGGCACAGUAGGUGGUGGUGUUGGGGUGGUUAGGUGAGGUGCUGGACUUAAUACCUGUGAUGACAUAGUCAACGUUUGUAUUAAACUGCAAGAUUACUUAGUAAUGUUCUGUGUAUGUGGUGGUGGUGGGGGAACCAUCUUCCUUCUUUGAUCAAUUUGAGCAAAAGGCAUAACUUUGCUUGUUUCUCUUCACCUGGUUAACAACAGGACCAGAAAGUGAGGCCACCCUAUCCUCUGAGUUUUAACUCCUGCUGCUUAUUUUUUUUUCUUUUUUUUUUUUACCUUUUGCCCUAACUCCCCACACACACACACACACACACUGCCUCAUCUGAAAUCAAUGAAAUAAUUAUUAGUCAUUCACUGAUCUCAACUUAAAAAAUAAACUCUCUGUUCUAUCUGUAUGUAUUGGUAAAAUUAUUCUUAUCUGUUGAGGUCCGAUAGUGUUGAAGCAUUCUAUUAUCUUAGUAUCAGUUUGAGCCAAAGGCUGUGCCCAUGCUGGUGCAUUGCCAUUAGCGUUCAUUAGACGUUCGUUUCCUGACCCCGUCUUCAGAAUCGGUCCUGGUGAAGCUGUGACUUGGACAGAGCUGCCUUUCUUUGUGUUUCUUGCCAUGAUGUUGGUUCAUCAAGUCUAGAAGAGAAAAAAAAAUGUCAAUGUUCCCUAAACACCUUCACAUCAACACCUUGUACAUCUCUGAGGCCCUUUGGCAAGGUAUUGCAAAGUAGUCGACCUUUGAUCCCUCUUCCUUGAGACAUAUUUAAGAUUUUUUGAUUAAUCGUAAUUUCACACACACACACACACACACAAAACAGGUUUCUUUCAAUUUCCCUCUACCGAAUCCACCCAAGGCUUUGGUUGGCCUAGUGUUAUAGGAGAUGACACUUGCCCAGUGCAUACACCAUAGAAAAUAAUCUUUUGAACUAUUAGGUAUGAUCCGUAUGUCCAGUAUUCCAUACAUAUCACUCCUGCACCAUCUGAUAUUGAAAACUUCAUCACUGCCACUACCACCACCACCACUGCCAAUACUGUGCUCUCUGAUGACGUACCCUGGUUUAUUCAUUGUAUGGUGGAGGCGGGGCCAUGAAUCAAGGCAGUCCUGUGUCUGUAAGGUUACAUUGCUUGCAUAAGCCAGUCGGUUCCUAAAUGCUUGUAGUCCCAGGUGGGGGUUGCUGCUGAGACAGAUCUGAAGGGAUUCAUGUGUGAAUGUAUUAUCCCAUUUAGUGUGUGUGUGUGUGUGUGUGUGUAUGUAUGUAUAUAUGUAUGUGUGUGUGUCUUUGUUUUGCUGUAUCAACAUUUGUCCCCGAGAGCCCCUUAUUCCUCUAGCCCUCUCCUUGGUGUAUUAAUGGAGGAGAGACAGAGGUUCUGUUUAUUUUUUUUUUUUUGUUCCUUUCUUAAUGUGAGAAAUUAUUUCCUUGAAUUUUUUUUUGCUCUAUUUAUUAUUAUUAUUAUUAUUAUUAUUAUUAUUAUUGUUAUCUUGUUAUUUUUUGUCACUGUUAUGUUUUUUUUUAAAUACAAUUCACACACACAAAUUAAACCCUUGAACAAUGUAAUCUCACACAUUGCCCCAACUCCUCCCAACCUAUUGCUCAACUGAAGGAUUUUUUUUCUUGUCUUUUUUACCUUCUCUCUUUCUCUUUCUCUCUCUCUCUCUCUCUCUCUCUCUCUCCAGUGUCAUUUCUUGUAGCAAAUUCCUUGUCAUUACAGCAGUUUUGUUUUCCAGGUUGCAUGUAAUCAACAGCACAAAUUGUGCAAUGAGUGACAACUGCUGCACUGUACUAAAAGAAGAAAAAAAAAAUGAAAAUUUACUCUCCACCCUCUCUAAUUCUCCCUCUCCCUCCCCUCUCUCUCUCUCUCCCUCUUUCACUCUUCUGUCACACACUCCUCCACCCCACCUCUUCUUUCACAGCAACAUCACAGAUGGAGAACAAAUCCAUACACUAUCUAAAAAGAGAAAAAUGCUGGUCUUGUUGUUGUCAUUGUUGGCGCUACAAAUGCUGUAGUUGCUUUGGUUGUUGUUGACACAGAAAGGGCCACCACUACUACUACUACUACUACUACUAUGAUUGUGAUUGUUAAAAGUUAGGAGGGAUAUUGCUGUGGACAUCUGACUGCAGAGCUGCAGCCAAUAUUGUAGGGGUUCAGAGGUCAGAUUUUUACCAGGUCUGACCCACCCCACAAAAAAAUCUGGUGGUGAAUCUUUUCAUCAUUUGACUGAAUUUUCUUUUUUCCUUCAUCCUACAACACUAAUUCUUUAAAAAAUUUAUUAGGCAAAAUGGAAUAACACCCCCUCUCUUUCUCUCUCUCUCUCUUUCUCUCUCUCUCUCUCUCUCUUCCCCUGUCUCCUUAGUUAAUUUCCAUUCUAAUUCCAAACGGCAACAAUUAAGAACGACCAAAAAAAAAAAAAUAAUAAAUGGAUGGGAGUGGGGUGCAGAGAUGGAAAGUCUUUGAUCUUCGGUCUGGUCUAUCUACUCAAUGAUGGCUGACCUUGGGCUAAACUACUGCACAAAGGACAAUAACAAUGACAACAGCAACAUUAUUAUUACUAUUAUUACUGAAGGUGGCGAGCUGGCAGAAUCAUUAGCACGCCGGGCAAGAUGCUUUGCAACAUUUUGUCUGUCUUAACGUUCUGAGUUCAAUUUCCGCUGAGGUCGACUUUGCAUUUCAUCCUUUCGGAGUCAAUAAAAUCAGUACCAGUUGUGUACUGGGUCGAUGUGAUCGACUUACCUCCUUCCCGGAAAUUACUGGCCUUGUGCCAAAAUUUGAAACUAUUGUUAAUGAUGAUGAUGAUGAUGCUUGAAAUAGGAAGGUGAAAUGAAGGGAAAAUGUCAGAAUUUUGAAAAUUUGUUGGAAACCAAAAAAAAAAAAAAAAAAAUAUGGGAGAACUCCCUCUCAUCCUCUUCCCC